CUAUUACCUGGUUUAUUAUGAAGCUUGUUGUUUUGUUUGCUUUGUUUUUUCUUGUUACUUUUUGCCACAGUAGUAAUGCAGAAACAUUCACUCAACCUACUAAUGCAAGUCUGGUGUUUGGUCAAAUUUUUGGAGAUAUUCAUGACACCGAGUGUCGUGAAUACCACAAAAUUAAAGAUUCUUCACUGUGGUGUGCAUUCAUAAAAACUACCCCCAACUGCCAGAUGGAUGAAGGUUUUGUCAAUUACUUGAAAGGAGCGUUCUGUAGUUUUGUCCCAAGGUUGCUUCCACUUAUAUCUGUUCUUUAUGGUUUAUGGUUGAUUUUCCUGUUCAUUGGUCUUGGAACAACAGCAGAAGGAUUUUUUUGUCCUUCCUUAGAAUACAUUGCCCACAACCUGAAACUCAGUCAAAACAUUGCAGGUUUAACCAUUGUAGCAUUUGGUAAUGGCUCUCCAGACAUCUUCAGUGCAAUCGCCGCUUUUACAAAUUCAAACCCUACAGCUGCAGGUGUAGCUGUGGGGGCUUUACUUGGAGCUGCGACUUUUGUCACAACUGUAGUUGCUGGAUUGGUUGCCACAACACAGACAUUCACCCUCGCCCAGCGACCAUUCAUGCGUGACAUGACAUUCUUUAUUGCUGCAGCAUUCUGGGCAUUUUAUCUUCUUUAUACAAACGAGAUUAACAUAUACAGCUCAGUUGGUUUCUUGGGACUAUAUGUUUUCUAUGUGACAAUUGUGAUUGUUGGGCGAUACAUUCAUCAAAGACAGCGAGAAAAGCUGAAGAAGUUGCUUGGUGAUGUUGCUAAAAUACCUGAGGAUAGUGGAGAGGGAAUAAAUGGAUCACCAUCCACUUCUAUGGAUGAAAAUACUCCUCUUCUUGUGGGAACUCCAAGAAACAACAACAUGAAAGAGGAUGGAGGUGAAUGGAUUGAUUCAAAACUAAGGUCCGGACAUCAUGAUGAGAAACAUCUUCAUGCAAAUGAAAUAUCAGUUGAUUCAUGUUGUAUUGAAGAUGAUGAUCAUCAAUCAACUCUUCUUAUCUUCCUCCAUGGAAUAAACCCGAUCCCACGAGACGAUUGGAACGAAGCAAAACAUGUUUUCAAAAUUCUUUUGCUGUGCCAGGCACCUUGGAACUUUGUUUGUAAAAUCACAAUCCCAAUUAUUCUGUUGAACCAACAUAAUAAUGGAUGGAAUCGACCGCUAAAUUCACUUAGUCUUCUAAUUUCUCCAAUAUUCUGUGUAUUUGCCACAAAAGGUGGUUCAAUAUACAUUGUCGGCAAAUUUCCUCUGUGGUCAUUCAUGCUUGUCAUUGGUGUUGUGAUGUCAACAAUAUGCUGGUUGUUUACAGACAAUAGAAUGAAGCCAAGAUUUCAUUGGAUUUCCGCCUACAUUGGUUUUAUAGUAGCUGUGGUUUGGACUUACACGAUCGCAAACGAAAUAGUCAACCUUCUCCAAACAUUUGGCGCUAUCCUCAAUGUAAGCAAUGUAAUCAUGGGACUAACAUUCCUAGCUUGGGGAAAUUCUAUUGGCGAUGUGGUGGCUGAUGUGGCACUUGCACGACAAGGAUUUCCACGAAUGAGUUUAUCUGCUUGCUUUGGUGGACCUCUCUUCAAUUUAUUAAUAGGAAUAGGUCUCCCAUGUACUAUUACCAUCAUUAAGACAGGAAAGCCAGUUCAGGUUGCCUUCACCCACUUAGAAGCUGUGUUAUGUGCUGGUUUACUAACAAGUCUCUGCCUUACCUUUAUAGUCUUACCUUUACGGAAAUUCCGUAUGACACCAGCGUAUGGUUGUAUGUUGGUAGUAGUCUAUAUUCUAUUUCUAACUGUUGCAAUAUUGGCUGGUUUAAAUGUUAUUUAGACCCUAAAAUAUACCAGAGUACUUAAGUUACUUUAUUUAGGCCCUAAUGCUAAAUGUACCAGAGUACUGAACUAAGUAUAUACAGGAACAAAUGGUCAGUGUUAUAUAUUUGUUUGUUUUCUUUCCCAUUAUUGUUUAUUUUUCUGAGCUAUCUCGAAAAUUCUAUUUGAUUCAUCAAAAUGAUUAUUGCUGUGUUUAACUGUGAUACAUCUUCUAAUUUCUAAUAUUGUUAUUAUUAACUGCAGUUCGGUGCUAUUUGUUGAAGUUAUGUUGCCUUUUCAUGUCUAUCAGUUUAUUUACCACACCUUGGGUUUGUGCAAUCUUAAGCAACUGUGUAUUGCCAUUUACAUCUUUAUUAUACUAUUGCAAAUUACACCUACUUUUUAAAAAUUUGAAUUCUUCUGCAUUACAAAUAUAUCUGUUUUAAAGAUGUUUGUUAAGACAAAAGUAUCAUAUUACUUUAUUUAAUUUACCUGUGCUUAAAAUUAAUCCAAUAUUUUUGCAUGGAUUCUACAUUUCAACUCAGAGAAGCAUAAUUUUCACCUCAAUCAUAUUACACCAAAGAAUUUACUUAAUUUUUUUGAAUUUCCUAUUUUCACCUUACUUACUAAUGUAGUAACUUCGCUUCGUUCUGUUUAUUUGUUCAUUUGAUUCUUGUUUAAAUGGAAAUAAAUGUAAAAUGUUCAUUUUGC